AUGCUCACCCUGUCUCUCCUGAGCCGGGGACAUGGGAAGUUGGUCCAGAACAAACAGAAAUUGGAAGUCUACUUUGAACCAGAGGAUUACUUGAACUGGAAGUCCCCAGAAGACUAUGUCCUAGUCAGUAAACCUCAGGAAGGGGACAGUGCCAGCCAACACUCCUGGAGCCUCUUUCUCCCUAAGACCUUCAGCACAAGAAAGGGGGCCCUGAUCCUCUACUCAGAAGGGUUAGCUGUGUCAGCAUGGACACCCAAAGAGAGGAGGAGAGGUCACAGGAAGAAGCUGGACCUUGAGCUGCACACGCUUCAAGACCUCAAACAAGCCAUCUUAGCAUACGGAAGGAGACAGAGGGAGGAGGACAGAGCUGGGCAACCCUACCUCUACUUCCGAAGUCAGCCAGAGAGCCAGACUCAACGGCAGAUCCAGCCUGGGUAUUCGGCCAAGAGAUACCUUCGAGGUCUCUUGCGGACUUGGCCUCCCGACACCAUGUACAGGCUCCGACGUGCAGGGUGCAUCAAGGAUUCGGCACUGCUCCAGGACAGUCAACUUAGUACACCCAAGAAUCUCAAGCCACUACAGGGUCUUUCAGGUGAACCCCCAAAAUACCAUCUCCUGCCUGUCUUCCCUUCAUUUUGGAUUCAACAAGGAACACCUUACAAACAAGGUCAGCAGGGCUUGGAUGAAGAGGAAGCUGGAGCUAAUGGAUACAUGGACUCUGCAGCCCAGAAUCACAGCAGUCAGGGGACUUACCUGAUGCCACUCAGGAAGAAGCCAUCACAGGAGGAUGAAACUCAGAUAGAGGACACAUUGAUAGAGAAUCACCUCCGCAUUCAUGCUUCAGAGGAAAGUCACAAUGAACAGACACAGCAAGCCUCCGAGAAGGCUCUUGGGCGCGUCUACAUCGGUCACUCUCGGCUCCUGAGUGACAAACCCCACAUCACAUUCUAUGGCGGUGCCUUCCCCAAUAGGAAGGCAGAUCUUAGUGACAAACAAGGGAACAUGAAAUCCCACAAGGCCAGAGGCAGGUGCUUGUCACGGGAGCCUUCUGUUGAAAGAUGCCAUCUCCCUCCUGUGGCAUCUGCCACUAGCUCAGAACAAAAUACCCUUGGGGAAGCAAUGAGGAAAAAGGCACCAAAGGCUCUGAAAUUACCUCCUAUUUCAGAAGAACAACCCAGGGUCCUCAACCCUUUGAGGAGCCAGUUUAAAGCCAAUGAACCCCCAAUAGAGCUCUUCGUCAUCCCGAUGGAGAUUCAUUUCCACACUCCACAGCCCCCAAAAGCAAAGGCCUGUAGAAGAGGUGCUCAGCACCCUGCACCAGAACCAGAACCAGAAGAAACCACACCUUUAUGGCGGCCUCCCCUGAAGCAUAUGUACUUAGGAAGACCAAGGGGGAUAACCGUGCAUCUCCCAGUGGAUAGUGGCCUAAGCACACCGCUGCCUCAAGAUGGUGAUGUCCUGCCUCAGAAGAUGGCCCCACCACUGGGUUUCCUACCUCCAAUAAAAGGAAGGAAAAGUCCAGAGAGCAAGAGGGACCUAAACAGUCCCAAGAUGUCAGGCCACAGCAGCCCCAGGGUUCCCCUGAAUAAGAUGGCACUGCCAGAAGGACCAGAAGAUGCCAGAGAUCCCAUACUGAAGCAUUUCUUGCUGGAUCCAGAUGAAGAGAACAUCUGCCUGUCCCUCCCAGUGUUCCCCAGAACAGAGGUGCUUCCAUUGGGAGAAGCAAACACCGAACUCAAAACCAAUCUUCACAGGAAUCUUUAUGAAACCUCACCUUUGACCCCAGCAACAGAGAAGCAGGAAAGUGGAGAUGAACUUGAUUCUCAUGGAGAACCAGAAGGACCCCAUCAAGGAAAUGAAAACAGCCAAGACCCAGAGCCAAGGAGUGCAGCCUUCACCCACCUCGGCUCUUCCCUGGCUGAGCACAUCCAGACCUCAGAGGCUGACACUGUGGAAGAUAUGGGCAGAGAUUACGGUGUACACCACCUGCACAGAGGACUUCCAAAACCUGAGUCCCCAGAGAAGCCAGAUGCUGGGGAUAAAUCUUUUCUUCCAAGAAAAAGCAAGGGGAAGACUGAACCAAAAUUGUUCAACCAGCAGACCCCAGCUGGCAUCAGUCACGGAAGGGAGUUGAUUGACAAGCCAAAGAGCAAGAAAAGAACCAAGACAGACAAACCCAAAGCAUCCAACAGAGAGAAAGAAGAAAGGAUCCUUGGGCAAACCAAGGCAGUUAGAGGAAAGUCAAAGGAUUCAAAAGCUGAAAAGAAACAGGAGCUAAUUCUGAAAGAAAAGAAACCAGGACCCAAAAGGAAAAGGACACACAAAGAAAGGAAUAUGGAGAUGGCAGCAGAGCCGAGAGGGGCUGACUUCACUAACUCCCCGGAAGCCGGCAGCACCUCAGAUAGAGGUCUCCUCUGCUCACACUCAGCUUCUGAGGAGCCUUGGCUUGCUCUGGAAUACGAUGGUCUGGAGAGCCAGGUUGCUUUAGACGGAAGAUCAUCACCCACCCAGCCCACAGGUGUCACAGACCAGGUGGAAUCUGAAGAGAGAAGCCCUGAAGACCUUGGCAAGGCACUCCUGGCUAAGAGGCAGCAGGAGAAAGCAUCCCGGGACAGGCUGAGAACAGAGAGGGCAGAGAUGAGGCGACUGGCGGUGGAGAAGAAGAGAAUGGAGCAGGAGGAGCUGAACCGGCUCCAGCAAGAGCAACUGGAGAGAGCAGAGAAGAUGAAGGAGGAACUGGAGCUGGAGCAGCAGAGGCGUGUGGAGGAGAUCCGUCUGAGGAAACAAAGACUGGAGGAAGAACGGCAGCGGAAGGAGGAAGCAGAAAGCAAGCAGCGGCUUCAGCUGCACGCAGCCCAGGAAAGAGCUCGGCAGCAGCAAGACAAGCUCAGGAGGAAACUGCAAGAACUACAGAGAAAAAAGCAGCAAGAGGAAGCUGAGAGGGCUGCGGCAGAGAGGCAAAGGCAGGAGGAACUGGAAAUGCAGCUGGCAGAGGAAGAGAAACGCCUAAUGGAAAUGGCUGAAGAAGAACGACUAGUGUACCAGCAGCAGAAACAGAAAGCAAAAGAGACAGCUCGGCUAGAAGCUGAGGAGAGAAGGCAAAAGGAAGAGGAAGCAGCAAGGCUAGCUCUGGAGGAAGCCAUGAAGCUAGUCCAGGAGCAAACCAGGCAAAAAGCUGCUUUGGAGAAACACCUUCAUUUUCAUCAAGAACUCCUUAAAGAAGCCAGUGGUCUGCAGUGGACACAGAACAUUUCCAGACCAUGGGUUUACUCAUAUUUCCAGUUUCUACAAAUACCCAGGCCAUAAGGCUAGAAGAAAAAACCCAAAAGUAAGUCGAGAGGUGGUGACAGAAAACACUUCUAUAAUAACAUUCUACCCUAAGUCCAACUAGGGGCUCCAUUCUACCUGAUCCACCUCAACCCUAAAACUUUCUACACUCUGGAACCUCUAUUCCCAGAAUUCUAGCACACUCCACACUCUGACCAAUUAAACUCUUCACCUACUUCAAUCCUUUUAUGGACCACAUAAAUUGAGGUGCCUUGGUGCCUAAAACAGCCCACAAUUCUCUAAUUCCAGUUGAGACCCUAACACAGUCUUAAGAUACUCAAUGUAUUUCAGUCAAUGUGUU